UGAAUCUCUUCCAGGAAACACACAAAAUGGUAUUUUUUUUUUCUUUCGUCUUGCCGAGACACUGCCGAAAGUCGCCAAAUUAGCUGCCAAUUCAUCGCCUAAUAUUUCUUUCGGUACUUCCCCUUUUCUUAUCAGCAAGCAUCACGUGGACCUAAACAUUAUUCAACGCUUUAUGAUUAUUUAUCACAGAAUUGGUAUGCAUUACUACUGUUGCUCAAGCUAAAAAACAAACAAACUAGGCUCUGGGAUUCGUAUGGGGGAAGAUUGGAAAACGACUCAUUUUCAUAAAAAAAGAAAGUAAAAGAUAUAAUUCAGUAUUGACGGAAAAGCAUAUAAAUGGAAAAGAAAUCUCUUCGAUAAGCUUUUAAAGUUGUAUUCCUAAAAAUACGGUGUCAGUGCUGAAAAUUCGCAUAAUUCGUACAAUUGGCGAAAAAUAAGAGGACUUUGAAAAGGUUUGAUAAAUUUCUUUUCAUGCCCGUUGAUAGAAAACAUAUUAAAAUUUUUCAUUGCACUGCACUGCUGCUCAGUUUCAUUUCGUGUAUAAUUUGGAAAUCUCUUUUACGAAAGACUUCGUUAAAAGAAACCGUUACAUUUCCCCCCUCAAAAUGACUGAAAAUAGAGAAUGUUUCACAUUUAUCUGGAAAAUCAAGAAUUUCGGCUUUUGUGAUGGAAGGACAGACAGUCCAGAGUUCAUUGCACCCAUACCCUUUGGUAAGUUGCAGCUAAGCUUCUUUACUAAUUCUAAAAUUUAUGACGAUUGUGUCGCUUGUUAUAUUGAUAUAAAAUCUAAAGCUCCUGAGUCCCUUCAGUGUAGAUUAAAUUGUGAACUUUCCUUUCUCGAUUGUGAUGAAUCUGUUCUUGUUGAAUUUGUUACCGUUAAUGUAGAUGCGCUGACUGCUAAAAGAGAAGAAUUCUAUUUGUCUAAGAAGGAUCAGUUUAUUUGUAACUAUACCCUUACUAUCCGCUGCAGGAUAUGGAAUAGCGAGGAAUCAAUAAGCUGUUUUGGCGAGACCCGAAUCGAAACUGAAUGUAAAACUUAUAUCGGAACCAUUAAAGAAUUCGACAGUAUAAAUCCAACACAAAAAUAUCCAGUUUGUAUGGAUUCAUCUUCAAAUGCAAGAUCACUCUUUUCCUUCAAUCUCUCCGUCUCCGCCAGCGGUAAACUCGACAUUGAAGUCUCUCCUACCAAGUCCGAAAUAACUCUUCGCAGAAUAUUUAAUAUAUUUAUUUUGGAUAAAUGUAAAGAUAAAGUGAAAUGCGGCCUGGGUAAAUUUCUUGGUGAAAAGCCUCUCCGCAUUUCUCUUACAAUAUCAAAAGAUUUUCUAAUAAAAUACAGAGAACAGUAUCUUCCGAUGAAUCAGCUUACCAUUCUCUGUGAGGAGAUUUUUGCUGAAGGUAAGACAACAAAAGAAAUUGAAUAUGUAUUUGAUUCCCAAGACAAUCAAAAAGUGAUAUCUGAAGCAAAACGUACCGAUAUAUCUUUUGAAGAAUAUCACAGCGAAGACUUAACUUCUCUGAAGGAUGAUUUGAUUUCUAUGUUCAGAGGAAGCAUUUUAUGCGACACAAAAAUCAAGACAGGAAAUGCAAUUUUUCCAGCCCACAUAACUGUUUUAAGUGCUCGGUCUCCAGUUUUCAAAUCUAUGUUUACAACUGACAUGAAAGAGAAAACAAACCACUGCGUUGAUAUCGAUGACUUGGAUGACGAUACUGUGAGUCGAAUGCUCUUGUUCAUGUACUCUGACAGCUUGGAUGAUUUAGAAUAUGAGAGUGCCAAAAAUUUAUACUAUGCAGCUGAUAAAUACAACAUCGUUUCACUGAAGCACAGGUGUUCGAAUCUCUUGAAGCAGAAAAUCCUUAUUCCGAACUGUUGCGAUAUUCUUUUUCUGGCUGAGAAACAUCAAGACAACGAUCUGAAAAGAGUUGCUCAUGAUUACAUUACAAAAAACGAUGAAGAGGUUUUUUUCUCUGAUGAAUGGAAAAAUUUCGAGAAGGAUCAUCCCCAAUUGGCAAUAGAAGUUUUUCGCUCUGUGUACAUCCAAAAGAAGAAAUGAAAUAGCUAUUGUAAUUAUCUUCUAUUAGAUGGAACUGUUUAAAAAGCCAUAUUCCAGAAAAUCUAUAUAUAUUGUAAUUGUUUUCCGGAAAUCUGAUGGAUGAGAAUCAAAUAAUAUUCACUUUUUUUCUCCUGGAAAAAUAGCCUUAAAAUGAAGAACCAUAUGUUUAUUUUCAAGUCUUAAAAAACUCAUGGUAUAAUGAAUACUAAUUCUUUUAUAUUCAGUUAUGUGCUUUUAUUUUUGUGUGCAAGCGUGUCUUUAGCAAUGUAAAUUCGAACUGUAAUUAUUUUUUAAUAAAAUCUUUUCUUAUAUUCCU